CGGCUACGGUUUAAAUGAACUUAUUUAAGAGAAAGUACCGAUUUAAGAGGGAGGAAUUGGCUUGUACCAAUCAAAAUCGAUUUAAGAGAAAUUUCCUAUUGCAGCUGGGAUUUUUCUCUUAAAUCGAACAAUAUGGAAACCACGUUGACACACACACACACAGCUGCAGACACCAUGCCCUGCGCGGCGGGCAGUCGCUGCACGGCUGUCCCCGAUCACACGCCAGGCCCGCCGGCGUUCACAAAUCACCAAUGUAGAGGAGUCUGCGGGCAGUACCUCCAUGGCACCUGUGGUGUGGUGGACCCUCAGGGCACCUCCGAGAUCAUCGCAUCUGCCACAACUGCCUGUCCUCCCGUGAGCGCAUGACUUCAGGCGGUAGAAACAUAGCUGUCUGUAGAGGACAACGUGGAGGUAGCCGAAGCGAUCGUAACAGAGAUGGUAGAGGACCUCUGUGAUGAGAAUUUGGUGGACAUGGAUCGUUCCUCUGACGACGAGGACGACGACCUGGUUGAGCUACGCCAAUCGGGACAGUCGGCGGCGGCAGCGGCCCCGGCUCCGCCGCCGUACGCGAAUGUAGCAACCCAUUUUGGUGAACUCGAGGAUACUGCCGAGAAGUGCCGCAUGUCCGAAGUGUCUUUUCACCUCCGCAAGGCUAAGCUAGCGUGGAUGAGUGCCUACGGUUCGAGGGAAACCAAGCAGACGUGCAUGAGCGACUUCCUUUGACGGUUGCAGCGCAGAUCGUGUUCAGGCUGACAGGUCGCCAGGGUAGCGUUGGUUUCUUGGGUUUGUGUUAUUUGUACGGCGAGUGAUGUUUUGAUAUUGUGAAGCUCUUUUUUUUUCGUUGACUUGUGUUUUUGUCGGGGGUUUAAAUCGAUGGGAUGAGAGGUAUGAGGGUGUUAUGUUGAGGGUACGGUGGGAGGAAGGGGUGCAUUGUGUAAACGGGUGCGUCGUUCUUGAGUGCUGGUGCAUUCGUUGCCUCGUGUUGUCCUUCUAGAAGAGGUGCGACUAUGAAACACAGCUAUAAAACAACUCAACCAAAAACCUUUUACGUGUCCACGUGUAAAAUGUGCAUCGCUUCACACAACGAUGAUUUAUUUUCCGAACGCAGAUCCACCAAAAGCGUACCACGUACAGCAGUACUUGGGUCCACGUGCUUGCCAACCAAGAGAAUGAGCGGUGUUUGGAGGUAGCCCGACGUGGUAACGCUAGCUGCGCAAGUGACAUGCAUGAUACGCUCUCUUCAUGACCUAUUUUGGCAUUCGAGUGUAGUCAGUGCGCGAGAGUCCCUGUUUCACGACCUUUAGUUUUGUCUACGAUAUAAGAGAAUAUUCUCUUAUAGUGAGAUACUGUUUAAGAGAAUUCUCUCUUAUACCGUAGCCAACACAAUAUAACAGAAAGCCGGAUUUAAGAGAGUGAAAUUGGCUUGUACCGACCCUCUCUUAAACCGUAGCCGCUA